AUGCGGAUUCUGCUGCUUACAGUGCUGAUCGGCGGAUCCUUGGCGCUUGGUGAGUCGGUUCGAAGUUGAUCCCAUAAUCGUCAUGUGCCUUUAGAUUGCGUUCAGAUCCCUGACAGUUCCAUCAAGGCGGGAACGCGUGUGUACGUUCCGGAUGGAGCCAAAGAGCCAGUGGCUCUUCCGGCCAACUUUGAGUGCACUUAUAGCGUGAGUAUCACAGAGCCAUUGAAAAGUUUAUGGAUAAAUUUGCAGAUAAAAGCGCCAGAACUGAUGUACGUCCACGUGACACUGUUUAACCAGUUGAAGGGCGGAAAUGACAUGAUCACAGUCAGAGACGAGUUGGCAAUGCGGACACUUGUUUCCAGGUUUUGCCCCCCGGAUAUUAUCGACUUCUAAAAACAACAACGUUUAGCCGUUCGCCAUCGGUUCUUGACUUCUACGUCUUCGCCAACACCACGUCCACAUUCCAAGUGCUCACAAAAAGUGUGGAGAUGGGCUCCAAGUUCCGAAUGGCCGUGUUCUAUCAGAAAAGUCGGUGGUAAAAGUGCAUUUUGAAGACGUGUUUUUGUUGCUGUUCUUACAGUGCCUGUUCCCGUGGUUUCUCAAGUUGGAAACGACGGUUUGAGCUAUGUUCUGUUGAACGAUUUGCAAGUGAACUCGAACAAACCACCGCAGAACGUGCAGGGGACUGAAAAGGUUCGGCCCAUGUUUAGGGACUUGACGAUCAAAAAGUCAAUCUGCUUCCAGAUCGUCCUAACGAUCGCCGAAUCGCAAUGGCCGGCGGAUAACUUUGCCGCCUACUACGUGAUCGACGGAAACUUCGAGACUUCCCGCGCCGUCUACCACGUUUCCAACUUCAUCCGUCGCAACUUUAUCAGUUCGGGCAACAAUUUGACCGUCGUCGGCUUGGAUAAUCUCGUUUCGGAGAGCUCGUUGAUAUUCUCGCCGGCGUCGGAAGUGCAGAAAUUCGACGAUUUCACCGGAUUCACCGCCUAUUUCGAAGAGCAGAAGCUGACAAUCGACGCGGUCGGAAAGAGGAAGGCGGUGACUGUCAUUUCGAAGGAUACCAAUGGAGUUGUCUUCAAUUCUGCUGCAUUUAACGGGGUAGGGGCUGGGAAAUUUUGAGCUCUUGUGUAUGGGCAUACUCUUUUUUCAAAACGCUAUAUCUCCGCUGCCGUUGGAGAUAUCAAAAAGUGGUCAACUAAACAAAUGUUCAAUAAGCGAUUUUCUACAUUUUAUCAGUUGACCACAUUUCGAUAUCUCUACAAACAACUGAGAUACCUUACAUUGCAGACAUCCUGCUCAGUCGAAGCGGUAACUUCUCCACUAUCGACUUCUUCCAAAGUACUUGCGGAUUUCACCAACAUCACCGACUUUCCAUAUGUUCUGAGCCAAAAAUCCUUUGCAAUUAUUGUCCAAGACUGUUCUGUGAACUUUUCCCUGCUCUCUGCCUCAGUUUAA